GGAGGAGGAGGGGAAGGGUUGCAAGAGUUGAUAUGUCCACCAUCUUGAAAAGUCGCCUAUAGUGCUGAGCAAUUUUCCCGCCUGACUGGAUUGGGUUAUUUUGUCGUAUAAGGAGGAAGAGUGUUCUGUACAGAUUUCUCUUUAAUGUAGUCAGGACACCCUGUAAUGGGCCAGAAGCUGAAGCUACUAAGAAUUGUUUUAUUUUCUUAACCUUUUAUCUCAUUUUAACAGGGACCCAGCUUUCAGUUGGAAUGUGAUGGACUAAUCUUCUUUGCCUUCACCUGCCCCCGUUGAAUGAGAACCCCCUAAUGUCAUCUUGCCUCGAAGAAACAUUCUGACCUUUCACAGUAACAUGUUUGCAGCACCAAGUAUGUUUUGGAAGUUCGACCUACAUUCUUCAUCUCACAUAGACACCCUCUUAGAAAGAGAUGAGGUGACACUAAAGGAGCUCAUGGACGAGGAGGACAUUCUGCAAGAAUGCAAAGCCCAGAAUCGUAAACUUGUGGAGUUUUUAUUAAAAUCUGAAUGUUUGGAAGAUCUGGUGACGUUCAUCACCGAGGAACCUCCACAGGACAUGGAUGAGAAAAUUCGCUACAAGUACCCCAAUUUAUCUUGCGAGUUACUGACCUCAGAUGUGUCGCAGAUAAAUGACAGACUUGGCGAAGACGAGUCUUUACUCAAAAGACUAUACAGCUUUCUUUUAAACGAUUCACCGUUGAAUCCAUUGCUCGCCAGCUUCUUCAGCAAAGUUUUAAGCAUUUUAAUCAGCCGGAAACCUGAACAGAUUGUAGCCUUUUUAAAGAAAAAAGAUGAUUUUGUUGACUUGAUCAUAAAACAUAUAGGAACCUCUGCUAUUAUGGAUUUGCUGCUAAGACUUCUCACGUGCAUUGAGCCACCACAACUAAGGCAAGACGUCUUAAAUUGGCUAAAUGAAGAGAAGAUAAUUCAGAGACUUGUAGAGUUAGUUCACCCCACUCAGGAUGAGGAUAGGCAUUCAAAUGCAUCGCAAUCUCUUUGUGAAAUUAUACGUCUCAGCAGAGAUCAGAUGUUACAAGUUCAGAACAGCCCGGAACCAGACCCCCUUCUGGCUACACUAGAAAAACAAGAAAUUUUAGAACAGCUAUUGUCAAAUAUAUUUGUAAAAGAGAAGAAUGACUCUGCGAUCGUCAGUGCAAUCCAAAUACUGCUCACUCUGCUAGAAACUAGACGUCCAGCAUUUGAAGGGCACAUAGACCUCUGCCCUCCAGGUCUCAACCAUUCUGCCUUUUCAGUUAACAGAACAGUUUUGACUGCCAUUCAGGAAAAGCUUCCGUCCUUUCACCAGCUCCUCCUGGACCCUCCAAAAACGGAUGUCAUGAAGACAACAUGGGGAGUAUUAGAUCCACCUGUAGGGAAUACUCGGUUACAUGUGAUCAGACUAAUAGCCAGUCUACUACAGACUAACACGCGCAGCAUUAAUAUGGAGAUAAUUGAAUUAAACACUAUAGGAGUUAUUUUGGAUAUGUUUUUUAAAUACACAUGGAACAAUUUUCUUCACACGCAAGUGGAAAUCUGCAUUGCUUUGAUACUUGCUAGUCCCUGUGAGAAUACAGACAGCACGCUUAGUGAGCAGAAUGCUGCAGGAGACCACAUCUUAUUAAAACAUCUCUUUUUGAAAUGCCACUUAAUAGACAGAAUACUUGAAGCAUGGGCCUUGAAUGAAAAGAGACAGUAAGUACUUUAA